AUGGGGUUUACAAGGAUGACAGAAAUACAAGCAAGGAGUAUUCCACCGCUAUUAGAGGGUGUUGAUGUUCUUGGAGCGGCAAAAACGGGAAGUGGAAAAACUUUAGCCUUCCUUAUACCGGCUAUUGAACUUUUGAUUCGUGCAGAUUGGAAACAGCAAUAUGGUACUGGAAUAAUUAUUAUUUCACCCACUCGUGAACUUUCAAUGCAAACAUAUGGAGUUCUUUAUGAACUUUUGGAGAAACAACCAUGUUUAUCUCAUGCUUUGGUUAUGGGAGGUGCAAAUAGACAAACGGAGGAACUAAGGCUUUCGAAAGGAGUUUCGAUCCUGAAUUCUCAAAGUUUUGUUGUUAAAAAUCUUCGUAUGCUCAUUGUAGACGAGGCGGAUAGAAUCUUUGACAUUGGAUUUGAACAGGAGAUGCAUCAAAUUGUCCGUUUAUUACCCAAAAAACGCCAAACUGCUUUGUUUUCUGCUACGUGUUCGGCCAAAGUUGAAGAAUUAGUUCGUGCUGCAUUGCGAACAAAUCCUCUUAAAAUUGGUGUUAUGGAGCAGAGAGCAGAAAGUUUAACAGAUUCUAGCAUAAAUGAUUUAGCAACUCGAGAAGGAUUGGAGCAGGGUUAUGUCGUUUGUUCGUCAGAAAAGCGUUUUCUUUUGCUUUUCACUUUUCUUAAAAAGAACAAGUCAAAAAAGAUAAUGGUUUUCUUCUCAUCAUGUGCUUCUGUUCGAUUUCAUCAAGAAUUACUUAAUUUUAUUGAUCUUCCUGGCAAACAAAAACAACAAAAAAGAACUUGUACUUUCUUUCAAUUUUGCCGUGCAAAGACUGGUACUUUGUUAUGUACAGAUGUUGCCGCUCGUGGUUUGGACAUUCCUUCUUAUGAUCCACCAGACGAGCCCCGCGAGUAUAUUCAUAGAGUUGGCCGAACAGCUAGAGGAGAAUCGGGAACCGGAAAUGCCCUUUUAAUUUUGAGACCUGAAGAGCUGGGAUUUUUGCGUUUCUUAAAGGCAGCUAAAGUAACAUUGAAUGAAUAUGAAUUUUCUUGGAAUAAAUUAGCAAAUAUUCAACCUCAAUUAGAACGUUUAAUUUCACAAAAUUAUUAUUUAAAUAAAUCAGCAAAAGAAGCAUAUAAAGGCUAUAUUCGUUCUUAUGAUUCUCAUUCACUUAAACAAAUUUAUGAUGUUAACAAUGUGGAUUUAAUUAAAGUUUGUAAAUCAUUUGGUUUUGAAGUACCUCCGUUUGUUGAUUUACCAAUUUCCAAUCGUUCAAAACUUGAAAAAGCCAUUGCUAAAAAAUCUGAAAUACAAAAUAGACAAAAACCGUCAGUUAAAACUGAAAAAGAAUUUGUACCUUUAAAAAGGAAAGAUAAGGGAAGAAAAGAUUUUAAACAAAAUAAGAAAAUGAAAGUUUAG